AUGUCGACCCGUGUUGUCCGCGCCUGCGAUGGAUGCCGCGUUCGAAAAGUCCGCUGCAACGGAGAGCAGCCCUGCUCUCAGUGCGCGCACCUCAACCUCGCAUGCAAGUUUGCGCCGCCCCCCGCUAAGCGCAAGCCCGGCGUGCGCGGACGUCUCGUUGCGCAGCUUCGCAACAGCCAGGCGCAGGAACAGGAGCAGCCCAACGGCGGAGGAGGAGGCAGCAGCAGCAGCAAGACAUCCCCCCUCUCAGGAGGAGGGGGAGGAGGAGGUUCCAUCACCUCGAGUAGUUCGCCCAGCGACGCCUCCCCGCCCGCCGUCACCUCCAUCGCCGGCAUCGUCAAUUCGGACUCCUGCGCCGAUACCGCUCUCACCACCAAUAGCGCUGCCUCCUCGCCUCUUCCCGCGAUGCCCUCGCCAACUACGUACAAUGUCUGGCCACACCACACUAUCAAUUACUUUCUCGGUUACCUAGCCCUCUACGAAGAGCAAAUUUACCCCGUCAACCCAGUCCUCAGCCGCGAUGAGAUGUGUGCCGCCAUUCACAACAUGAAUGCCAGCUUUCAAGACCGCGCCCUCGUCUACGCCUUUGCUGCCAUCACCAUCAAUCUAACCCAGACGCUGCUCACCACCCAAUCAGAUACCCUCACGGAAAUAGCCACCCUCAUGAGCCUGGCUAUUCAGGUGCAUCGCCAGGCCGAGACACUCCGCGACAACUGCACCGCCUGGACGAGGCUCGACGCGGGACCAUCGGGUGCCAGCGUCAAAUUUGGCGAGCUCUCCGUCAAUUUUAAACGCAUCAUGACGUGCGUCUUUCUCGAAAUCUGCAUGAUGGCGUUCAAGCGCUGGGACCGCAGCUUAAUGCUGCUCCGCGAGGCCAUCACCAUGAUUCAGGUCCUCAAUGUCCACCAGUACGACGCCAUGCCCUUUGACGGGUCGCAAAUCGACGUCUUCGACGCCAAGGACGGCGGCCCGCCCGCUCACGCCAACCCCGCCGAGGUCACGGUCCACGCCGGCAUGCGACCCCGCGACGUCUUCCGUCUGCGCCGCGUCUACUGGGAGGUGUACAUCCACGAGCGCUUCCUCUCCACUGUGACAGGCUACCCGUGCGUGACGCUCGCCCUCACCGCGGUCCCGAUCAACGACCCGUGCAUACCGGCCCACGUCGACCUCGGCUUCAACCGACUCGUUAAUCUCUUCCGCGUCCUUGACGGACCAUUUCUCGCGCACUGGACCGCCCAAAAGGACCCCACACAGUCUGUCCCCAAGAUGACGGCCGCCUGGAUCGAGACCAAGCAGGCUGAGCUCGACCGCGACGAAGAUGGCGCUGCCAUCAGCGAGCAGCGCCUUGUGCACACCGGCCGCGGCCGCUUCACCGAGAUUCAACACGUUGACCUCUUCGUCACUCGCGUCUGGCUGCGCACCCUCGUCUGGCAAUUCGCCCUUCAUCACGGCCUCCUCCGCUCCGCCCCGCCCCGUGACACCCACGAGGGCCUCUCACUACACUUCCCGGCCCAGCGCCUCUCCAGCCAACUGCGCGCCCUCGUCGCCCGCCUCGGCAACGUCUCCAGCAUCGUCACCCACGGCAGCGGCAUCCUGCAAAAGCUCUUUGAAAUCACAUCCACUGUCGCUGACGUCCUUGCGCUCCCCCUCGGCCCUGGCCAGACGGAAGAGGAGGCCCGCGCGCGCCUCCAGGACUUUGAGUUUCUCGUCCGGUUCCUGUUUAGCUUUGAACGGAUAGAUAAAACCCAACGCGACUACCUGCGCGAGAAGCUUGGCAUCCUGGGCCGUCAAUACACGGUUGUCGACUUUGCGGGGCUGGCAGGCAAGAGCCCUGAUGCAUGA